AUGGAAACCAGAACACGAGAAAAGGGGAAUUUCCUCGAUAUCGAAGCCAAGCUCCCGGAUAUUAAAUUGAACAUAGCUCCCGACCAUCGUUCAUCCAAGGUUACAGAUCUCCUUUCCUACUUGGGAAGCCACAAUCCCCUACCUAAGGAGGUUACUGGGGACGACACAGUAUGGCUACUUGAUAACACCGCGUACAGAUCUGGUAGUACGGACCAGUGGCAGGCCGAGUUCAUUGCGGCUGUCUUUGACCAGAAUAGUGGCGUUGAAGUCAGCAAGGUGGUAGCUGAUAUAGCUGAGAAGGUUGGUAUCGGCAAAGGUGAUGCUGCAGAAGCUACAAUCCAAGAGAGGUUGAUCCCUUUCGUGCAAGCCAUCUUGCCGGGACGUAAAGUCAAGGUCAAUUUUGCGCAGAAGGAAGAGAUUGAUCUCGGUCCGGGUGGCAGAAAUGCUAUCUCGAGUGAUACCAGAGUACUCCCACAAUACCGUGAUGGGGAUAUUGUGUCCAGUGUCGCCCAGGUACCUUCCGGGACAAAUGGAGAGUUGAACAUGCAGACUGUAUACUCUGAGCCUUAUGGCUGGGGGGUCAUAUCCGACAUUGAUGAUUCAAUCAAAAUCACCCAGACCAGCGAUCCUAUUGGGAUCCUGCGUUCGACAUUUGUAUCACCACCUACGCCCAUUACGGGGAUGCCUGAGCUCUACGCCUACAUCCAGAAAGUCAUAACUCCAUCCGCACCAUUCUUCUACCUCUCCGCCUCCCCUUAUAACCUGUACCCCUUCUUACGGCGCUUCCUGAAGCAGUUCUACCCCCAUGGCACGGUGAUUCUACGGGAUGCAAGCUGGAUGAAUCUCUCUGGCCUCUUGUCGAAUCUCACUCUCGGGACCCAGGCGUACAAAGUCGAUCGGAUGAAUAAAAUAAACUCCUGGCUACCGCAUCGCAAGAUGAUCUGCGUUGGCGACUCAACCCAGUCGGACCCGGAGGCAUACGGCGAGAUCUAUCGGAAAUACCCAGGCUGGGUACGGUUGAUCUUCAUCCGGAAAGUAACGGAUAUCGCAGCGAUUGGCAUUGAAGAGAAGAACGAGCCUGCGCGCUUUGAAAAGGCUUUCGAAGGAGUCCCGUCAGACGUCUGGCAUGUUUUUGAAAAGCCGGAGGAGUGCUACCAGAUCAUCGCUGAUGCUGUAGGGAGGGAUCCUUGA